UCUUCCCUCCACUGCCACCAUGUCCCCCCCAUACGGUAUGCUUCAGCCCUCCUUACAGUUGAAAUUAACACCUUGAACUUCUCUGCAGAAAGCAUCCACAAACUGAAGGAGAAAGCAAAGAAGAGGAAAGGCCGAGGAUUUGGUUCAGAGGAAGGCUCAAGGGCCAGAGUUCGGGAGGACUAUGACAGCGUGGAACAAGAUGGGGAUGAACCUGGGCCUCAGAGAUCGGUGGAGGGUUGGAUUCUCUUUGUCACUGGAGUUCAUGAGGAGGCCACUGAAGAGGAUAUUCACGACAAGUUUGCAGAGUACGGCGAGAUAAAGAACAUCCACUUGAAUCUGGACAGACGAACGGGUUACCUGAAGGGAUACACUUUAGUAGAAUAUGAAACGUACAAAGAAGCCCAGGCAGCGAUGGAGAGCCUUAAUGGACAGGACCUGAUGGGGCAGCCAAUCAGCGUGGACUGGUGCUUUGUCAGGGGGCCUCCGAAAGGGAAAAGACGGAGCGGGCGUAGGCGCAGCAGGAGUCCGGAUAGGAGACGACGCUGAUCUCACAUUUCUCCAUUUCCUUUUGGCGAUUCCUAGAUGUAAAUUCUUGCUGUACAGCUCUGGAACCAGGAAGUCUCUUGUAGGCUGACUCCUGGCUCUAUCUCUUUCUGGGUUUUUAAUUGUGCUGCAUUUGAACCUAUAUGUUUUUGGACAGCUCUUGAUUUGUGUUUAGGACUUUUAAUCUCCUUUUGGCCUCAGAUCCCUCACACGAGAGAAGUCAUCCACGUGUAUUGAAUGGUUUUGGCAUGAGUGAUGCUGUAAAGGAAUCUCAUUUUGAAGGAGAAAUGUUACCCAUAAAUAUUGAAUAAAAAUCCGCUUUUUAUUUUUAUUUUAAAA